UCAGGAAUACACAGCGCUGCAGAGAAGCUCCCACUGGUCAGAGAAAGGGUCAACAACACUGCUGACUACUUCUGGGGAAACAGAACUUUUUUAGCCUACAGAUGAACUUAACACAAUUUAAAUUAAGCUUUGGAUUACAGGGUCGAGAGAUCAUUCUGAGAUCGUUUUGUUGUACUUUUGCAACAUCUCAUCCAUAGACAACCCCAGAGGGUAUAAACUAAAGUGCUUCAGAUUGUUUUUCCCAUGGCGAGCAUUUGGAUCUCUCAAGUGGGAACCAUUUGCAGCUCCAAGACUUUGCUCUUGUUGUCUUCCAUCCUGCUGCUCCAGGGGCCUUUCUGUUUAGAGAGCAGCCCCAUCUCCACCGCCCAUCAGAGACAUCGACCUGAUCCAGGGCUGGGAGACGGGCAUGGAGGGGUGGUGGAUCCUUCACAGUUGGAGCAGGAUGGCAACAUGAACAUGCAGAGUCUGCUGGAGAGUCUGAAGGAACAGUUUCUGCGGACGUUCAACAUGUCUGGAUUGGGUCCUCCUUCCCUGUCUCCUGGAGGCACACGAGAGGAGCCGCCUGAGUACAUGAUGGAGCUCUACAAUCGCUUUGCUAAUGACCACAGUGCCAUGCCCACUGCCAACAUAAUCCGCAGCUUCAAAAAUGAAGAUUCAUCUCCCAGUGCUGUAGGUGUUGAAGGAGUGAGGCGCCACCCACUCCUCUUCAAUGUGUCAGUCCCCCAUCAUGAACGUAUCACAGCAGCCGAACUCCGCCUCUACACCCUUGUCCAGACUGACCGUCACCUAUAUGCAGGUGUUGACCGCAAGGUCACUAUCUAUGGACUGGAAUCGCAUGAAGGGGAUGACAACACGACAGAUGAGAAUGCAGAGAGAGGAGAUGGAUUUAGAGGUGGUGGAGGAGAGCACAUAGAGCUGGUGGAGUUGGCUUCUCGUCAGGUCUAUGGCACCGAUAAUGGCUGGGAGGCAUUUGAUCUCACUGCAGCUGUUCAACGCUGGCGCAAAUCUGAUUAUGGUACCACGCAUCGGUUGGAAGUGCACAUUGCCAGCAUGGAAAAUGAAGAUAAUGUUCAAGGUAUGACAGAGGACAAAAAAGACAAGGAUCCACCUGAAGGAGACAUGACGAUUGACACUAGCCCCGAGGAAAAACACAAACCUCUGCUAAUCGUUUUCUCUGAUGACCAAAGCAAUGAUCACCGUGAUGACAAGCGUGAACUGAAUGAGAUGAUUGAACAUGAAACCUCGAACAUGGUUCUCCAGAAUGAUUUGGGGAUGGGCCUGAAUGGACUGUGGGGUGAGAUGGGCAGGGAUGGGGAUGACGGAGGUGAAGAAGCUGAGCCAGAUGAGGAGGACCUGAUCCAAAUGCGCUCCAAUCUGAUCUACGACACAGCUUCCCGCAUUCGUCGUAAUGCCAAAGGAAACCACUGCAAGAAACAAUCCCUGUAUGUAGAGUUCAAGGAUAUUGGGUGGGAUAGUUGGAUUCUGGCACCCACUGGUUACGAUGCCUUUGAGUGCACUGGCAUUUGUUCCUUCCCACUGACAAAGCACGUCACGCCUACCAAGCAUGCCAUUGUCCAGACACUGAUCAAUAUCAACAGCCCUCAAAAGGCAGCACGAGCGUGUUGUGUGCCCACCAAGCUUGAUCCCAUCUCUCUGCUGUACUUGGAUGACACAGGCGUGGUCACCUACAAGUACAAGUUUGAAGGCAUGGUGGUGGCUGAGUGUGGCUGCAGAUAGUCCAUGCUUUGAGAGAGUUUAACUCUUAGUAAAGUCUUACAACAAGAGGAAAGACGCAAAACUAACAAUAACCUGAUAAAGGAGAUAAGCCAGGACUGUCUAAAAAGAAAAUGGACAAUUAUUGGAAUCUCUGGAAGGGUUAUUCAAUGAGACUGGAAGUGCACGACCACUAUUUAUGAAUCUAUGUGUGCUCCAAAUGAACGAGUGUGGACAAAUAUGUAUUUUGUACUGAAAGACAGAAAUGAAUACUUCAUCUUACAAGGCUAAAAGUCAUGAAUAUCAGUUGCUACCAUUCAGACAGUGGAGAUGUGCAGCAGAUCUACAGCCAACGUGUUGCCAAUAGUGAUACCCAGGUUUGUCUUCAUACUAACAACACUAAAAAGGCACAAGAGAGGACCCAACUAAGUACAUUCUAAAGUGUGUGUAGCCUGGUGGGAACUAGUGGGCCAGUUGUUCCCCUCCCUAUCCUUCCCCCUGUCUUCCUCUCCACUUAUCUCUGGCCUCCUCACUUGAUGCAAACACUAAUCAGCACUUCGUGUGCCCUGCUGCAGUGAAAUGACCUCCCUGAGGCAACCUGACAAGACAUGAACUCUCCAAGCCCACCUCCUGCAUCCUGCAGCCUCCUGAUACGUAGGCUUUGUGUGGGGGUCCUACUGGCACGGUUAUCUAUCCAAACCCUGUUUCCCACUUCACAUGCCUCUUUUCCACUCCCCCAAAGCUACAGUGAUAGUAAGGUGUUGGGGGCUAAGAAACAUGAAUGCCACCACUCAGACUUGGAGAACUGGACGCCAUUCCGGGCAACUUUUGAGGUGGUGGGAUGAGGGAGUGGGACAGGACAAAGGGGCAGGGGUUGUCCACAUUCCUAGGCAACAAACAGUCUUGACUGCCUCAACUCACUGAUCUCGCACCAUGUGCCAUUAGCAUAUCUCUAACUCUUCUGAGUCAUCCAUCACUUUUAUGGUAAAAUCGGCCUUUGGGGACGGUUGUCAUUGAUGAGCAAAAAUCAAGAGUAGAAAAGAAGGUAUUGUCGCAUUCCCUUUAUGGAUACCCAAAGGAAAUACUUAUUUUCUUUUGUUAAGCCUUUUGAUACCUCUGCUGCUUGUGUCAAAUAAAAGACUAUUUAUUGUUCUAAUUUAUUAAUUUUUACAGAGUAGAUAACUAUAUAUGUACAUUUUCUAAGAUACAUAGUGUAGAGCAGGUUUUGGUAUAUGUGACAAUGUGUUUGCACCUCAAAAUUAAUUUUGUUUGGAAGAGAAAUUGUGAUAAAUUCUGAAACGAUGAAGAGCAAGUUUGUGUAUCCAAAAUAAAAGGUCUCCUUAACAAGGAAUUUGUCACUGACCCUUACCAUUUUGGAGAGUUGACUCAUCAUGUUAUCAAUACGGCCGCAAAUAUUUUAAGCUAAAAUGCCACACUGACAUUGUUUUUCACAGUUAAUUGUACAUGAUAAAUGACAAACAUCAAAGCAUCUCAGUCUGUCAAGCUUCCUUUCCAUUACUUUAGCAAGGAGCUCCUACCAAAUGAUACACUGCGUUGCUGACGUUCAGAUCAUUCAGUCCAACAGUAUCAGCCCACAGGUCAUAGUUCAUACAUGACACACAAACAAAGGCCCAUGGGAAAGUGAGAGGAAGGCCCGCUAAUGAACGAAAUGGAUGGCCUGCUGCUUUUGCUGACAACUAGCAGAUGCACUGAGCUGUUAUGGAAAACCUGUUCGUGAGGAAAAAAUGUGAAUACAACAAAAAGAUUUGGACGAAAGUGACUUUUUCUUGUACUCACUGAAAUUUAUGAAUGUUGAAUCCUGACUGCAAAUGCAUUAGGUUGAUUUUUCCAUGUACAA